ACCCUCCCAGCCUGCCUCCUCUGGGCCCUGAAGUUAAAGUCUUCAACCCUGCCUUCCCAAGCUGACUCAGCUCCUGGAGCAGAGGGCAGAACUGGCUGAGAGUACAAAGGGCAGCCCAGCACACAAGUGAGCAGCUAUUACUGUGUGCAGCGUGUGUGUGGCCAGUGGGACACCUGUGUCUUUAUCCGCCCUCUCUGGUGGCUGCAGAAGACCCAAGGAGCCUGGCACAGCGUCCGUCAAGAGUGUGCUGCCUGUAUGCUUUUGUAUAGUUUCCUCACCUCUUACACUGUCAGUACAGUGUCACGAUUACAUCCUCUCACUGUGACAUCCUCUGUCACACAGAUGCUGUCACACCCAACUACACAUGGCCAUACCCACUGACACACAGUUAGAUUUGCCCACACAGCCGCUCCGUUCACACGAUCACACCGCAGUCACACAUGCAUCUAUUUCGUCCAUUUAUCCUUCAUUCCUGGCACAGUGUCCUGGGUGUCUGCUCUGUGCUCUGGCAGGGACAGAAUCCUGCGGGUACAUGAACCAGUCUCCUGGAGCUUGCAGCGUGGGGGACAGAUAUUAACCAAUAACCUCUCCAUCCAGGGGACCGAGGAAGUCAGGGAAGCCCUCCCUAGGAGCUGAGACAUGAAAAGAGGAGAAGUAGGCCCCUGGCGGGAGGAGUAGGGGGAGCAGGCAGGGGUCCGCUCCCGCAGGACUUCGCAGCGCGGAAUCUGAGCGCGAGGGCCCGCCCUCUUCUCUUGCAGCCCAAUCUGGAGGCUGCAGGAGGUGGCGACCUCUGGGGGCGGGACCGUCCGGAACUCACUGUCCCGGGCCCUGUGGGGGCGGGGCCCGCCGGGAGCUCGCUUUCCGCCGCUGGGCGGAGCUGGCGGCUGAGGCAGCGGCCCCGGGGCGGGACCCGGGAUCCAGAACCUGUGCCUCGGAUCACCCGGCGGAGGCUGGAGCCGCGGGGGGGCGGAGACGCCCAGACGCGCGGUCUUCGGCCCCGCCUCCGAUCCCGGGCCAGCCACAUGGUGGGCGGGGACUGGUUUUGAGCCUUCGACCUCGCAGGACCCUGAGUCCCGGCCACAGUCCCAGGAGGGCGCUGAGAGGCGAGCACGGGCCCAAGACCUGCAGAGAGCAAGCUCACAACGUGCAGCGCCAUGGCCAACAAGGGUCACGAGGUCGAGCACCCAUCCGUGACACUGUUCCGUCAGUACCUGCGCAUCCGCACCGUCCAUCCCAAGCCCGACUAUGGGGCUGCCGUGGCCUUCCUAGAGGAGAGAGCCCGCCAGCUGGGCCUGGGCUGUCAGAAAGUGGAGGUGGCACCUGGCCUUGUGGUGACCGUGCUGACCUGGCCAGGCACCAACCCCAAACUCUCCUCUCUCUUGCUCAACUCCCACACUGAUGUGGUACCUGUCUUCGAGGAACACUGGAGUCAUGACCCCUUUGAGGCCUUCAAGGAUGCUGAGGGCUACAUCUAUGCCAGGGGCGCCCAGGACAUGAAGUGUGUCGGCAUCCAGUACCUGGAGGCUGUGAGGAGGCUGAAGGCCGAAGGCCACCAUUUCCCCAGAACCAUCCACAUGACCUUUGUGCCAGAUGAGGAGACUGGGGGUCACCAGGGCAUGGAGCUGUUUGUACAGAGGCCUGAGUUCCAGGCCCUGAGGGCUGGCUUCGCCCUGGAUGAGGGUCUGGCCAACCCCACUGACGCCUUCACUGUCUUUUACAGUGAGCGGAGCCCCUGGUGGGUUCGGGUCACAAGCACUGGGAGGCCCGGCCACGGCUCACGAUUCAUCGAGGACACAGCCGCAGAGAAGCUGCACAAGGUUGUCAGCUCGAUCCUGGCUUUCCGGGAGAAGGAGAGGCAGAGGCUGCAGUCAAACCCCCACUUGAAGCAGGGGGCUGUGACCUCUGUGAACCUGACUAAACUAGAGGGCGGCGUGGCCUAUAACGUGGUACCUGCCACUAUGAGCGCCAGCUUUGACUUCCGCGUGGCACCGGAUGUGGACCUGAAGGCUUUCGAGGAACAGCUGCGGAGCUGGUGCCAGGCAGCUGGCGAGGGGGUCACCUUCGAGUUUGCUCAGAAGUGGACGAAGCCCCGAGUGACAUCUACUGAUGACUCAGACCCCUGGUGGGCAGCCUUUAGCGGGGUCUGCAAGGACAUGAACCUUACUCUGGAGCCUGAGAUCUUCCCCGCUGCCACUGACAGCCGCUAUAUCCGCGCGGUCGGGGUCCCGGCUCUGGGCUUCUCCCCCAUGAACCGCACACCGGUGCUGCUGCACGACCAUGAUGAGCGGCUGCACGAGGCCGUGCUCCUCCGUGGGGUCGACAUAUACACACGGCUGCUGCCUGCCCUGGCCAGCGUGCCCGCCCUGCCCAGUGACAGCUGAGCUGCACGCUCCCAGCCUCCACCCUGGAACUUCCACUGUGACCAGUGCCAAGGACCCCUCCUCCCCCUGCCCAACAAUAAAGUGUGUGGACAGGGGACUUCA